AUAGGCCCCCGGGGCCCAGUGCCAAGAGCCAUCCAUCCCUUCUCACGCCGCACACACUGCGGCCCCUGCAUCGCUAGCGUGAGCGAGAACGAGAACGAGAGACGCACGUAGUGGUACCUUUUGCGAACGGUAGCGAGAGCGAGAGAUCGCGUGGUUUUUUUUGAUCGCUAGCUGUGUUAGCCAUGGCGCCGGGUGCUGGGUCGUCGUCGUCGGCGAGGAGGGGCAGGCGCGUCGCCGCCGCCGAGCCGCCCCGCCGCGCGCUCAGGAUGCGCGCGUCGUCGCCGAUGUACUACACGUCCGACGACGAGGACUUGCCGGAGAUUGUCCUGACGCCCCCGGCUCCGGCGCCGCCGCGCACCGGUACCCGCUCGCUGCGGAUGCACGCGUCGCCGCCCGACUAUGGGCGCCGCCGUACCAACCGACCCCGCCGUAAGAAAGAACGAACUCGAUCGAAUGCAUGUUUCGGUUUCAUUUCCGGUAGAUCUGUGAUUUGAUGUGUCGUGCUUUGAGUUUUCUUGACGGAGAUCUGAUGUUUUAAUUUGUUGUGUGUUUGUGUGUACGCAGGCGUGGCACGGACGAGGUCGCCGCCGGUGGUGCAGGAGGCGGAGAGGGAGCCGCCGGCGCCGCAGCAGCCGGCGGCGGUGGUGGUGGAGCGCGUGUUUUACAUGGUGGGUAGCCCGCCGGACGUCAUCACGGCCACGGGGGAAGGGCCGGGGGGGCGCACGGUGGCGGGCUUCCGUUGCAGGAGGCUCACGUCCACGCGCACCCUCGUCGACGGCGAGGACGCCGCCGCCCGCGCCGCCGCCAUCAGCGGCGCCCGCGCCCUGGUCAUGUGCAGCUGCCACGGCGCGCCCUUCACCCACGCCGAGUUCCUGCUCCACGCCGGCGGCACCGACCUGGGCCGCAACGUCACCGGCUACCCGUGGCUUGGCGACGAGAUGGAGCUGACUCCUCCCGGCGCCGGCGGCCCCCAUCUGUAGGUUCGCCGCGGAGGUGGCCAGCCGUCGUCGUCGACGACGACGACGACCGCGGAGUGGCGUCUGCGGCGGCGCGCGGCGGAGGCGGCGGCGAGCAACGCAUGGUCCGGGGAGAGCUUUGAUCUGAUGCAGUGUGUCCGUUUUCAAUGCCAGUCUUCGCUCUUAGCUACUUGCAGUUGACUGCUGUCUCAGUCUGACUGUCAAGUUUAUCUUUAAUUUUCGCAAGUUUACUUUCAUGUUUCUAAAUUAUCAGUUGUAAUCGUCGAUCGAUGUAAUAGCUCUAGAUCUCCCGGAUCAAUAAUAUGAAAACUGCAUCUUUGUUUUUUAAGAAAA